AAAUGACUUGACUUUUGACAUUUCAAAUAAAAGUCAACAAUUUACCUACACUACAACAAACAAUUCACCUUAUUUUAAAAUGAAAAUAAUGGAUAAUUUUGUGUGCUAAAUAUCAUGUAAACCUUAAAUAUUUUACCAUCUGGAUUUCAAGUGAUAUUAUAGUUUAGUGUGUUAAUAUUUUAUUCCGUCUUAUAGUAAUAAACAAAAACAGUUACCUAAUAAGUAUGUCUAUCACAAUACAACAAAUAAUUACAGAUGCAAAACGGCUUGCUAGCCGUUUGAAAGAAAGGGAUGUUGUAGCUGAUGUUUUAUUGAACGAAACCCAUGCUAUAAAUAAAAAAAUUGAUGCUAUGAAACAGUUUCAGGAAGAGGUUGAACAAUUAAAUGAAGUAGCAAACCAAAAACCACAUUCCCAACUUAUUGCAAAUAUUCAAAAGGAAAAUCGACAUUUACGAGAAAUCCAGCAAGAGAACAGAGAACUUCGAGCUGCGCUCGAAGAUUACCAAACUACAUUAGAACAUAUUAUGAGCAAAUAUAGGCAGCACACAAGCGAACAAAUAUAUAGAUCUAAAAUUAACUUUAAAGCUUUUCAAGAUAAAAAAUAUAGCGAAAUUAUUCAGACUCAAGCAGAGAAAAUCCAAGAAAUGGCAGCAGUUAUGGAUAAAGCUGCAUUAAUAGAUGAAGAUAAGAUCCUCAGGGAGCAGGAAAUUGUGUCAAUGCUGAAGGUGGAAAAUCAGGGUUUAAGGCAAAUGCUGGAAAUAUCUCGUAAACAUGGGAGCUUGAAAACAGAAGACAAAACCGUACAAACAGAAAGUACCUCAUAAAUUCUUGUCCGUUACUAACUAUAAUUUUAAUUGUAAAUGUUAUAAUUAGUUGUUCUUUUAAUUUAUUUGUUUUUAAUUACUUGCACUGUUAUAUAAAAUGUAAUUUUGCGAAUGUAACAUGAAUAUUACUCAUAUGAUUUGUUCAAUUAACACCAUUUUUAUUUAUUUAUUUUCUAUCAGUUUUCCAAUAAAU